GACAGCGACGUCUAUUCCAAUUGCCUUUGCUUUGUCCAUCUGUGCUUACCGCGCUAUCGAUAUCUCCUGCGAAAGGCGCGGGAUGUAUUGCUACCUGCCAUUUUGAUUGCCUGCACAGUGCGUAUGUACAACGGUUCGGCACUGUAUAUCAUCACUUCACGUCUUCGGAAAAACAAAAGGGAUCUGCAGAACUUUGUUUUCUCACUAAGCCUUGGCAUUAAUCCUUCUGUGAACUUGAGGACUUGGGAGACCAAUGAGAAAGAUUGCCGGGGAAGAACAAUAGCCGAAACAAUGGCCGGACUAUUGCAGUUGAUGAUGGGCACACUGACUCUUCAACCCUGGACGGGAGAUGCUUUGUUUGCGCAGCUAGAACAUGCCGGACGCCACGCUAUCGAACUUGGUCCGCAUGGAACCAUAGAUUGUGAUUCUGCACCGCCAUCUUGGCUAAAGCCAAAAGAGAGGGCAAAAAGGAAGGCAAAACGUGGUUGCUCAGUACCAGUUGGUGCUAAUGAUAGACUUUUGAGGGGGGAAAUACCCACUGCUGGAACCAACCAGACCGAGUUGAAUCCUUCCAACUGCGCCUUCGGGACCCUCCGCUUUCUCUUCCUUUUUUCCCCAUUAAUAUUUCCUCCUGCCCCGACCACCUCGAGCAUGCACUUUUAUGCUUGUCUCAUUCCCUUCUUCGGACUUCCUCCCCCCUCCACUAGUCAGUCUUAUUCAAUGCCACCUACUUUAACAUCUGGAUGGAAACAUUCAAUUUGUUCUUAAAAACCCCUACUUUAUCCCAUUUGAUCUCACCUCC